AUGGCUACGUUGCCGCUGCGUUGUGAGAAAUAUGUUUUCCUCCUAUCAUUUUUAUGCCUUCUUAGAUUUGUCGAACAAACCGAAGCUGUAUGCAUGUACUAUGAAUACACAUGCGACAAUGCUGAAUGCAUUUCAAAAGAUUGGUACUGUGAUGGUGUCUCAGACUGUGGCGACGACUCAGAUGAAAUCGGAUGUAGUACCAUUUUGAAAUGUCCCGAGGAACAUUUCCGAUGUGGCGAUGGUAUUUGUAUAUCGCAAAUACACACGUGUGACGGGUUUAUUGAUUGCACUGACGGUGAAGACGAGGAACAAUGUGAAUGUAGUACUGACCAAUUCCAGUGCGGUAAUGGUAUAUGUGUGGCGUCUGAAUGGGUUUGUGAUAAAAUGGACGAUUGUGGAGAUGCCACGGACGAAACAUGCACAUGUCCUACUGGGAAAUCUAAAUGCACCAAUAGCGGUAUCUGUAUUCUAAUUUACUGGUUUUGCGAUGGUUUCGACGACUGUGGGGACGGCACUGAUGAAGCCAGUUGCGAUAUUUACACCGCCCCAGAUUCUAGGUACCCACUGUGUUCAUCUAGGCUAAUCAGCGAAAAUAAUAUACUAAUUCUAUUAUGCGAGUCCGUGGGAGGUGUGCCAUUGCCGACGUUACAUUGGAGACACGGGGACAAUGCUGAGCUGGAGUCAACCACAACCGUUGCCGGAAGUACCGUCAAUACUCAACUUACAAUGUCACUCACUAGUGACCUUUUUGAUGUUUUAUUUACAUGCUCAUUAUAUCAUUAUAAAGUGAAUGAAGCACUGACAUGUGACGUUGCACCGUUGGAGUACAGCAUCCCACCUGAGGACAAUUCCCCAGAAUGCACCACAUCUCAUGACUACCUUGUUGAAGACGACAUUCUUACCUUGACUUGUCAGUCCAAAGGUGGUGCGCCCCCAGCAUUGCUACAGUGGAGUACAGGAGAGGAUUCUGUAGAGGGCGUGAUGCUGAAUACAAGAACCUCCCAACGUCUCGAUGUUGUUGUGUCUAUUUCUCGUACCUUGGAAGGGAAAGUGUACACGUGUACAUCAAAUCAUGCCACGUAUAGCCAGUCACGCACAUGUCAAAUUGGUCCAUUAGAGAUUGCAAUGACACGUGAUGUUCCAACGACAUUUGAACGCACAUCUGUGUUCUGGUUUCUUCUUUUCGCAUUUCUCAUCUCUGCAUCAGCGUUGAUUUGGCUGACAGUUGGCUUCAUCCUGAUAAUGACAAGGAUGCACAAAAAAGGAAAAGGUGUGAAGAAUGGUAUAAUCUCUGAUUCAAUGGAUGAAGGAGCUACUACCAAAACGGAUCCAUCAGCGGUAGAUAACACGGUUGUCUUCAAAAACGAAACCCCGGUUUGUAUAUCCACUGGAAAGAAAACAACUCAUCGGCGUGCGAAGAAUAUCAAAGACUCGAAAAGGAAAAACCUCAAUCCACUGAAACGUGAAAAAAGACGAAGACGACAUGAGAAAUAUGAAGCAGACGAGUCCUAUUUGAAACGCAGUGAAUGUGGUGAAUCGAAAAGAAUAUCUGAAAAGACCGCCAGAGACAGAGAACGUGUGAUACAUGAAAUUCUCUUACAAUCACUAAAAAGGAAGGAUCGUAAAAUUAAACCUAUUACUGACCCCUAUCAGUAA